GCGCUUCCCGCGCGGGUGCCGCCGCGCGGCGGGCAGGCUGUUAUUGUCUGGGUGUACAAAGCCUCCUCCUGGGUGUAUUGAGAGCAUCUCGCACCGGUCAUUUGAAAAUCAACAUUUGUUUCUUGACAUCCGGAGGGGACAGCAUGUGUCUUGUGUCAAGAUUGAGUCUGGCCUGUUGGGAGCUUCCUCUGAAGAUGUACAUGUUGGUUGAAAACCGCACAAGUUUCCUCCUCCAUCUGAAGAGGUCACCUGGCAUCCGAUCUUGGUCUCUCUUUUUUGGAAUAGCUUCCAUAGGAUUGGCUGCUGCUUAUUAUAGUGCAGACAGCUUGGCAUGGAAGCUCUUCUAUAUGGCUGGAUGUCUCUUUAUGGCAGCACAGAAUCUGGAGCAGUGGGAGGAAGCUAUAUUUGAUAAGAACAAGGGAACCAUCUGUCUAAAAACUUUCAAUCUUUACAAAAAAAUACUGACCCUCUCAAGAGGAGGCAAUGAACAAGUUGUGGCUCUGCUGCAUGAGAUCCGAGAUGUGAACGUGGAAGAGGAGACUGUCCGUUAUUUUGGGAAGGGUUACCUGGUUGUGCUACGAUUUGUCACUGGAUUUUCACACCCACUGACUCAGAGUGCAGUGCUGGGCUGUAGAAGUGAUGUGGAAGCAGUUGCCAAACUCAUCACUAGUUUUCUGGAACUGGACAGAGUAGAGAGCCAACAUGAUCUCUCUCAGAGCAGCGAAACAGAGGCUAGUGAUGCUGAUGAACCAGAGGUUAAAUGCUAAUAGUCAUCAUGAGCUGAAGAAAGCAGAGGCCUUUGAAUGUAUGGAAAAUAUACUGUUCGUUCUCCAGGAGAUCCCUUGUCAUCUUGAGCUGGGCGUUUCUCUACGUGUGCGUUUACAGUGGGAGGAAUCUGUCUUGAGGCACCUCUUAGCGUUCCAAUUCCCACACCCCCCUCCAUUACAAAUAUGGCCUUUGUAGCAUCCAAAGCAAAUUCUGUUUUGUUUCUUCAGCUUGGUACCUGGAUGUGGACAGUGCUGACUUGAAUUUUGUCAGCUCAUCUAGGAAUAACUGUUUAGUAAUGAAUUGUUUUGAAGUCAUUUAUUGCUUCCACAUCAAUGAGGUGGAGAUAAGCAUGUAAACUUCCAGUUAUCACAGACACUGCUGCAGGUACAUUAUAUGAAAUGUAGAGGAGCUAAAUUUGUAACUUAUAACACAGUGUUCUUUUUCUUUGAAAUAAUAUAAGUGACUGAAUAUAUUACUAACUUGAUUUUAAGUGGUUUAGUGUACGCAGUAAGGUAAUGCAGGAUAAUGGCAUUCUGUUAUAUUCUUUACUACUGACUUGCUAUUAGACCGUUCGCAAUCAAAGUUUGAAAGUAAUUGUCUAGAACUUUAAAUAUCAGGUUGGUCAAUUUGUUAUUUGUUUCUCCUGCGCUUGCCAAAGAGUCAUAAAUAAUAAAUGAAAAAUGAACAUGUGGAUCACCCA